AGGUUUGUUAGUUGAACUAACCAACAAACAAUUAGCGUGGCGGACAGUUCGAAGCUAAACUCAUACAGAGUCCUUCAGUUACAACCAAGAUUGCAUCUUGAAAUCUCAUUUCAAUUUGUUCAAUUCUGUCAGACUCGAUUAAUUUCUUCUCGCAUUUUCUUUACCACGUAUGGACAUCUCAUUGCCACUGGAUCAAAUCCAGAGCAGCUUCAAAUUCGCAUGUUCACUGAUAAACCCCACUAUUUUCAAACAAAAAUUCCGACUUUCUGACGAUUUUUCACUCGGCAGGAGAAGAUGCAGAGCCCCUAUUGCCAAGUUUAGAUGUGCUCUUUUAGACCAGGGAUUAAGGCCUCGACCGAUGCCAAAACCUCGUGAAAAGGAGGAAAAUAAUUUGAAGGAAAAUGGAUAUUUGGAGGAAAGGAAAUUGAAGAAACCGAAUUUGGGUGUUGGGAUCUGUUCCCAGAUUGAGAAAUUGGUUUUGUGCAAAAGGUAUAAUGAGGCUCUAGAGUUGUUUGAAAUUUUGGAAAUUAAUGACGAUAUUGAUGUUAGCUUCGAUACUUACGAUGCGGCGGUGGGUGCUUGCAUUGCAUUGAGAUCGAUUCGAGGAGUGAAGAGGGUGUUCAAUCACAUGCUGAACUCCGAGGUGGAGUUGGAUUUAUAUAUGAUGAACAGGGUGUUGUUGAUGCACGUGAAAUGCGGGAUGAUGAUUGAUGCGCGCCACCUGUUUGAGGAUAUGUCCGAGAGGAACUCGGUUUCAUGGAAUACGAUAAUCGGGGGGCUCGUGGACUCGGGUGAUUUUUUUGAUGCUUUCAGACUGUUUCUGAUGAUGUGGGAGGAUAGUUCAAAUGUUUGUUCUAGGACAUUCACCACGAUGGUUCGAGCAGCAGCUGGCUUGGAACUUAUAUCUCCGGGGCAGCAGCUACAUUCUUGUGCUCUGAAGAUGGGUGCGACUGAGGAUGUCUUUGUGUCGUGCGCCUUGGUUGAUAUGUACAGCAAAUGUGGUAGCAUUGAGGAUGCGAGGUUUGUUUUUGAUAUGAUGCCGGAGAAAACUACUGUAGCGUGGAACACCGUCAUUGCUGGCUAUGCACUCCAUGGCUAUAGUGAAGAAGCAUUAAGCAUGUAUUAUGAAAUGCAGGAUUCUGGUGUCAAGAUGGACCAUUUCACUUAUUCAAUGAUUAUACGAGUUUGUACACGGCUGGCCUCAUUGCAGCACGCAAGGCAAGCUCAUGCUGGUCUUAUCCGAAACGGUUUUGGAUAUGACGUAGUAGCUAAUACAUCACUUGUUGAUUUCUAUAGCAAAUGGGGGAGGAUAGAAGAUGCUCGGAAUGUUUUCGAUAGGAUGCCCCGUAAGAAUGUUGUGUCGUGGAAUGCCUUGAUAUCUGGAUAUGGUAAUCAUGGUCGUGGAGCUGAGGCAGUAGAUUUGUUUGAGCGAAUGGUUGAUCAAGGAAUGGUGCCCAAUCAUGUCACUUUUUUGGCAGUUCUAUCUGCUUGUUGUCAUUCAGGAUUGUCUGACCGUGGAUGGGAAAUAUUUGAAUCUAUGCAUAGAGAUUACAAGGUGAAGCCUCGUGCAAUGCACUAUACGUGUAUGGUUGAGCUAUUAGGCCGAGAAGGGCUCCUGGAUGAAGCUUUUGCUCUGAUUGGAAGCGUUAAGCCCACGAUAAAUAUGUGGGCUGCAUUGCUCACAGCUUGCAGGGUCCAUAAAAACUUUGAGCUAGGUAAAUAUGCAGCUGAGCAACUUUAUGGGAUGGGACCUGAGAAAUUAUCUAAUUAUGUCGUGCUAUUGAAUAUCUAUAGUAGUUCUGGGAGAUUAGACGAAGCAGCUGCAGUCCUCCAAACCUUGAAAAGAAAAGGUCUAAGAAUGUUACCCGCUUGUACUUGGAUAGAGAUAAAGAAGCAGCAGUAUGUUUUCUUCACUGGAGAUAAGUCCCAUCCUCAGACCAAGGAGAUUUAUGUUAAUUUGGACAAUGUCAAGCUGCAACUCUCCAAACAUGGAUAUGUACCUCAGAGAAAUAAUUUGCUUCCUGAUGUAGAUGAACGGGAAGAAUCUAUGCUACUCCAUCACAGUGAGAAAUUGGCUAUUUCAUUUGGGCUUAUUAGCACUCCUAGCUCUACUCCUCUGCAACUUGCCCAGAGUCAUAGGAUAUGCAACGACUGCCACAAUGCAAUCAAACUGAUCUCCACUGUCUACAAACGAGAAAUUGCCUUCAGAGAUGGUAGUAGAUUUCAUUAUUUUAAGGAAGGUCGUUGUUCUUGUGGUGAUUACUGGUAACAUUCGUAGUUUUAUAUCUAAAACUUAGGAAUAAUUUUCAUUCAACAGUGUAGGCUUUACCUUGCAUUCUGUCUCUCCAAAAAUGUCUACGAAUGAUAUUGCGAGCUAUCUCUUGAGUUACUUUUCUACAUUAAAUUAUAUAGUAUAUGAGCUUCAGAAAA